CGCCGUCACAUGAAGUCGAUUCUUCACCAGUUGCUGUAUCUUCCGAUGGCGUUGUCGUCGUCUCGGAGAUACCGUCAGAUGACGAUUUAGACCACGAGAGAAACGUCGGCGAGGAUCGCGAUCACGAUCACGGCGACCAUCCGGUGGAGACCGAGGUUGCUGUUGUUUCGAAUGAUGAGUUGAAGCAGAAGAUCAUCAGACAGGUUGAGUACUACUUUAGUGACGAGAAUUUGCCUACUGACAAGUUUCUUCUCAAUGCUAUGAAGAAGAACAAGAAAGGCUUUGUUCCCAUAUCAAGCAUUGCUACAUUCCAUAAAAUGAAGAAGCUCACUCGCGACCUUGAUUUAAUAGUAUCAGCCUUGAAGGAGUCGUCAUUUCUUGUUGUUAGCUCGGAUGGGAAGAAGGUGAAGCGUCUGAGUCCUCUUCCUGAGGCCAGGGAUCCAAAGGUUUUCACUGUUUUGGUAGAAAAUCUGCCGGAGGAUCAUUCAGACGAGAACAUUCGUGCCAUAUUUGGUAAAGUUGGAAGCAUUAAAAGUGUAUCCAUAUGUGAUCCAAAUGCUGCUGAAGAAUCUGAGAAGGGUUGUAAGAAGGACAAAUUCAUCCGAACCAGAUUACAUGCCUUUGUGGAAUAUGAAACAGUAGAGGCAGCUGAGAAAGCGGCAGCUACAUUGAAUAACGAGCAAGACUGGAGAAAUGGGUUGCGAGUUAAGCUUCUUGAACAAGCAGUAAAGUAUGCACAGAGAAGACCAGCUAGGAAGGAAGUAGAUCCAGAGAAGGACAAUACAGGCCGAGUGCAUGAUCAAACUGGAGGUGAGGAGAACAGAAACUCAAAUGAACAUCAGCAUCACCGUCACCAUCAUUCUGAUACUCCGGCUGAUAACGAUGGGGGUGAUAAAAAUGGAAACAAAGCCAGAACUAGGGGACGGGGAAGGCGACAGAAUCAUCAAGGCAGCAACGUACAUGGAACCUCACCAUCAAGUUCAUCAUCGUUCCAUCAUAAUUAUAAUCAUCAUCAUCCGGUGGAGGUCUCAAAGCGUCCGCCCGGCCCGAAAAUGCCUGAUGGUACGAGAGGGUUCACAAUGGGACGUGGGAAACCGCUUUCUACUCCUCCCACGUCUGCUCAAAGUAGCCACGAAGUUUGAUGGAUUUCUCAUGUGUGUGGGGUUUCGUUUCGCUUAAAAUGUGAAACAUGUAUGUAGUUAUGAAUAGAGAUGUUGUGUUGGGUUUUCUUUUGGCAUCUGCAAGUACUCCGAAUCCUCGCUUGGGUAGCUUUUGUGUUGUUGUGAAUGUUCUUGAAUGGAAAAUUUUCAUGUGCU